UAUCAGCAUACUUUAUUGGUUUGGCGUGUGCCGACACAAAAUUAAUUCGUAGCUCUAUGGCAAUUGUCAAUUUUGAUUACGAAUGUCUUAAAAAUAUAUGUCCAACGGAUAUUGAAAUAGUAUGUCGCAAUAGCGAAAGCAGUAGCAUUGUGUGUGGACCCACACAAUCCGUUCAAGAAUUUAUUAAAAAAUUACAGGUUAAUAACAUUUACGUGAAAGAGAUCCACUGUAACGUGCCAUAUCACGGUUCUUACCUCACAUCCUUGAAAUCUCAGCUCUUGUCCAAUUUGAACAAAAUAAUAUCACGUCCGAAAAAACGAAGUCCAAAAUGGAUCAGCACUUCCAUACCCCGUGCCGAAUGGCAUAUUUCAGCAUCAAAAUUAUCGUCGGCUGAAUAUCAUACAUAUAGUAUACUAAACACUGUUUUCUUUGAUCAAGCAAGAUAUUUAAUUCCAAGUGACGCAGUGACCAUCGAGAUCGCACCAGACAGCGUUCUGCAGCAAGUUUUGGAAGAAUUCUUACAUCCAGAUAUUACGAACAUUUUAUUGACUCGACGCAAUGAACAAUACAAUAAUACAAUUUUUCAAGGAAUUGGAAGGCUUUACAACUGUGGUUUACAGCCGCAAGUUGCCAAUUUAUAUCCGCCAGUAACAUUGCCAGUUAGCCGAGGAACUCCUAUGAUUUCCCCAUCGAUCAGGUUCAAGAUAUUAUUAUAUACAUAAAAUAGAUUUCAAAGA